AUGCGACCCACCCACACCAACACUCAUCAACACUCAUCAACACUCAACAACACUCAUCAACACUCAUCAACACUCAUCAACACUCAUCAACACUCAUCAACACUCAUCAACACUCAUCAACACUCAUCAACACUCAUCAACACUCAUCAACACUCAUCAACACUCAUCAACACUCAUCAACACUCAUCAACACUCAUCAACACUCAUCAACACUCAUCAACACUCAUCAACACUCAUCAACACUCAUCAACACUCAUCAACACUCAUCAACACUCAUCAACACUCAUCAACACUCAUCAACACUCAUCAACACUCAUCAACACUCAUCAACACUCAUCAACACUCAUCAACACUCAUCAACACUCAUCAACACUCAUCAACACUCAUCAACACUCAUCAACACUCAUCAACACUCAUCAACACUCAUCAACACUCAUCAACACUCAUCAACACUCAUCAACACUCAUCAACGCUCGUCAACAUCCGCCUCAGCACAUUAGCAUAGCAAACGAUACACUACUUCCACGGGCGUUGAUCUCAUCAUGA